AUGUGGUGGCGGUGGCGGAAGAAGCUGCUGCUGUGUGCGGGCCUGCUGCUGUGGGUGCUCUUGCAUCGCGACGGCCACCACGCCAAGUCCUUCUUGUACCGCCUCCUAGUUAACCGCUUCGACGACGUAGUGGAGGGCCUGACGGUGCCGCGGGAGCGGGCCCGCGCGUUCACCGACUUCCGCCCCCUGCUGGAUCACCCGGACAAAUGCGCCGGGCCGGACGUCUUCCUCCUGCUCUUCGUCAAAUCGCCGCCGCGGAACGCGGACCGACGGAGGGCCAUCCGAUCCACUUGGGGCAACGAGCGCUUCUUCUCCGAGGCGCUGGGCGUGACGGUCAAGGUGGUUUUCGCCUUGGGAGCGCCCGACUGCGACGCCGACGUGGUCCAGAGGCGGCUCCUGGCGGAGGACCGUCGCUACGGCGAUUUGAUCCAGCGGGACUUUUCCGACUCCUUCCUCAACUUGACCCUGAAGCUGAUCAUGCAGUUCCAGUGGGCGCGUAGACGCUGCCCUCGCGCCCGUUUCUUGAUGCUGGCCGACGACGACGUCUUCGUACACGCCCCCAACUUGGUGGCGUACUUGCGGGAGGCCCAGGGACGGGGGGGCGCCGCCGACCUCUGGGUGGGCCACGUCAUCAGGGCGGCGCCACCCAUUCGCAGGGAGGACAGUAAGUACUACGUGCCGCCCGAGUUGUACCGCUGGGACACGUACCCGGACUACACGGCCGGGAUGGGCUACUUGGUUUCCGGGGACGUGGCCGAGAAGAUCUACCGCGCCAGCGUGACGCUGGACGCCUCCUUUUACGUGGACGACGUCUUCAUGGGCAUCUGCGCCAAGGCGGCGGGCGUGUCGCCGCGGGGGCAUCCUUAUUUCUCCGGCGGCUCCAAGGCCAUCGAUCACCCGUGCGUCUAUAACCGGAUGAUCACCUCUCACGGCCACGUCGGUGACCUCCGACGGCUAUGGGAGGCGGCCACCGACGUGCGCGUGCGAGAGGCCGCGUCCGGGCUCCUGGACAGGUUCUAUUGCGCCGCCGUCAGGAUCUUUCUGUUUUGCGGCUACCCCGCCCACAGCUACCCUUGCACCGCCGCGUUCUUUUGA